UUGAAUGAAGAUGAUGAAGCUGAUACCUUCAAGUUUCGUGACUGCUUUCAGUAUCUGAGUCUUGCAUUUCUUGCAGGAGAUGCUGACCUUCAACUCUGUUAUCUGCAGUAAUAUAAUUAUGCAUGGAAACAGAUGAACAAGAGAUGAAGGAAACUUCAAUGAGUGCACCAAAAGGUGAAGUAUUAUUACCGUAUUACCUUCAUGGCAGUAGUUUGAGGCAAGAAGCUGGUGAGGCUGAAAUUCUGGAAGAACAUGUAGCUGAUAUUCAGGCAUUAAUGCCACAGCUCCGGCGUUCUGACUACUACACAGUGUUGGAGAGACGAAAUAGAGGAGGAAGUUCUAAUGGCACAAGAAAGACCACCAUUGUGGUCGAUGGCAAUGGCGACAAGCUGACAUUCUGUGCAAUGGCAGUAGGAAGGAAGAGGCUUUGGAGAUUUGGGUUUUGGAUCUGGUUUCGGUGGACCAACACUGAUGAUCUCUGCUGCCUUUCCAGUCUUCCUCACUUGCGUUGUCAAUUUAACUGCAUCAACUUUCCCCACCACUGUAAGCGUCUCCUUGUCACCAUCCACCGAUACUUGUUCAAUACCUGCAUUCAAUCAAAAUCUUAG